AUGGACGACAACGACGCCAUGGAUCUCUGGGACUUGUCCCCCGUGCCCACCUUCAUCCUCUCGCCCACUUGUCGCAUAGAAAGGGUUUCGGACGGCUUGUUGGAUGCCUGGGGCCGCCGAAGCCGAGAAGAGUUCGUCGGUAAGGAUGUGUUCGAUGCCCUCUACGCCGGAUCCUCGCUGAAACGUUUCGACCGUAUACCCCUUAUCCGCUUCAUCGAUGUCGCUACCAAUACUCGGAAGCCUCAGCUCUGCUACGCUGCCUAUAGUGCCGAAGAUGGUUCACACUGGUCCGCUCGCGUCAUUCCCAUCUUCCGAGGGAACAAGUUGCUGUCCUUGGUCCUGGAAUGGGAACUGGUCCCGUUCAAGCCUGGGGCUCUCUCAGGCUCUCUCGCCAUUGAGGUAACCCAGAAUAUGCUCUCAGUCGACGAGACGCUCGGGCUGCUCAUCAAAAAUGUCAAAGACUACGCGAUCUUUUUGUUAGAUACCAAAGGCUACGUGGCAACCUGGAACAACGGUGCCGAGUUGCUUAAGGGCUUCAAGAAGACAGACAUCGUCGGGCGCCACUUUUCCACUUUCUACGGUGAUGAGGAUCUUCGCAACGGCAAACCUGAAAGCGAGCUUGAGAUAUGCUUGCGUGAAGGCAGAGUCGAAGACGAAGGCUGGCGAUACCGCAAAGACGGGACCCGAUUCUGGGCGAAUGUCGUUAUCACUGCUGUUUAUAAGGAGGGCGUACACGUGGGAUUUGGCAAGGUCACCCGCGACUUAACUGAGAGAAGAGACGCUGAGUUACGAUUAGUCGAAGCAUACGAGGAGAGCGCUAAGCUAAAGAAUGAGUUUCUCGCUAAUAUGAGCCACGAGAUCCGGACUCCGAUGCACGGCUUGCUAUCUGCUUGUACCCUCCUGCUAGAUACUCCUUUGACCCAAAACCAACGAGAACUGGCCGAUCUUAUUGCGGAUGCUGGCCAGAUGCUCCUCCAAGUGAUAAAUAGUAUACUUGAUUAUUCCAAGCUAGUAUCGGGCAACGUCACUAUGACCUCUGUGCCUGUCGACAUUUCGAACAUUGUAUCAUCGGUGGUUCGGAAUGCGCAAGUCAGGCUACGGCCUGAAGUCAAGCUUCAACUCAAUCUGUCGCCUGAUUUACCCAAGACCAUUCAAGGAGACCCCCUACGUUACCGCCAAGUCGUGCAGAACAUUGUCGAUAAUGCGAUAAAAUUUACUGAAGAAGGAUCGGUCUCCGUUCAAACUUCAAUAUUAGAAGAAGAUGAAGAGACUUGUACAAUUCUCACAAAUGUCACCGAUACUGGCAUAGGGCUACAAGUCACUGAUGCUACCGCACAAAAUUUGUACAAGCCCUUCAUACAACUAGAACAAUCCUAUAACAAACGCUUCCAAGGUACCGGUCUUGGACUGUCUAUCGCCAAAUCUAUAGUGGAAUUGAUGGAUGGUCAGCUAGGAUAUCGUCCCAACCCCACCCGCCGGGGCAGUGUUUUCUGGUUCACGGCCAAAUUGAAGAAGAUACCGGAAGAAAAACUCGAGAAUAGAGAUUCCAUUGAACUUCAGUUGAGAGUGGCCAGUGAGGACGCCCAGUCUUUGAUACAGCGACUGGAAGAGAUCGCUCCACAGAUGAAGCUCCUUUUCGCGGAAGACAAUCUAAUCAAUCAACAAGUAUUGCGCCGCAUGCUUCAUUCGUUUGGCUUCUCACAAGUUGAUGUUGCAAGCAAUGGCACAGAUGCCAUCUCGAUGCUCGACAACGCACCUGAUAAAUACGAUCUCAUAUUAAUGGAUGUGAACAUGCCGAUCAUGGAUGGCUUGGAGGCGACAGCCAAACUCAGAGAAAGCGGUGUUAAAACACCCAUUAUUGCCUUAACGGCUUACGCGCUCGCAGGCGACAUGGAGAAGGUCUUGGAGAAGGGUAUGGACGAUUACAUCGCUAAACCGAUGAAGAAAGAUUUGUUGGUGCAAAAACUACUAAAGUGGUUGGACCCAAGUGACUGA